AUGAGCAGCCAGAUCCGCCAGAACUACCACCAGGAGAGCGAGGCUGGAGUCAACCGCAUCGUCAAUCUCGAGCUGCAGGCUUCCUACACCUACCAGUCCUUGGGUUUUUACUUUGAUCGUGAUGACAUAGCAUUGGCAAAGUUUUCAAAGUUCUUCCGAGAGCAAUCUGAAAAGAAGCGAGAUCAAGCUGAGGAGUUCCUAAAGUUCCAGAACAAGCGUGGAGGACGUAUUGUGUUUCAAGAUAUCAAGAAGCCAGAGACUGAUGAAUGGGGUAAUGGAACAAGCGCUAUGGAACAUGCUCUGAAACUGGAGAAAAAUGUAAACCAGGCAUUGCUGGAACUCCAUAAAAUUUCCACAGAGCAUGCUGACCCUCAUAUGUGUGACUUCUUGGAGUCUGAAUUCCUGGAGAAGGAGGUGAAACUGAUGAAAAAGCUGGGAGAUCACCUUACAAACCUGAGACGUGUGAAGGCAGCAGAGAAUGGCAUGGGAGAAUACCUCUUUGAUAAGUUGACCCUGGGUGAGGAUAGUGACUGA